CUGCCAUCAACAAUUCCUUCCAGUGCCUUUUCUAACAGGCUGUCGAUCUCAGCAGAUUGUUCAUCUUGAAAUUACACCGUCUUCACUACAUCAGGAGAUGAGUAGUAAGGAGAAUGACGGAGCGGCCUCCAUUAAGGACGUACCGUUCAUCAAUCCUGAACCUCAAGAACAACAUCUCCUGCCUCUGACUGACGCAGAUGCUCAGAGGAGCACGACGAACGUGACAGUGGUUGUCAAACUGGAACCUCUGGCCUCAAUGCAGGUUCACCUGGAAAAUGCUGAGAUAGCUGGUGACGCAAAUGCACAGUCCAUCAUCCCAAAGGUGAAGGCGGAGGAUGGUGGCGACCGCGCCGCCCCUACACAAGCCGCUGUUGCAGCACCAGCCAAACCUCUGUACACGAUAUACAACGCCGCUGAUGAAAUAGAAUACCUUCCUGAGCGCGCGUUGAAGGAAUGCCUGCAAAUGGUCACAACUAUUAAGACGAACAUCAAGAAGCUCGAACUCGGCAGCAAGCUCCGUAAAGACGUGUGGCUCCGAGAGAUUGAGAGACUAAAGUUUCUCCAAGACAAUAUUGUUCCAACCAGUGGCAUGCGAGCAUGCACUGCUGUUGUUACUGAGAUCAGUUAUCAUGCAAAGAGGGCCAUUGACGCCGACGUCUCAUUCCUAUCAGAAGAAGAAUGGAGACAGGAGCUUACAGUGCUCCUUGAUGACCUGAUAGAUGAAAAUGGCAACGUCAAGAGGACGACCGAUCUCUGCGGGGAGGCUGGCGUAGCCUGGCAAAAGGUGCAUGCCGUGUAUCCAUCUAUCGUGCAAGAUCAACUCUCGAAAAUGUCUGUUGACCAGAUCAUCGCCCACGACUUGCGAAUCAAAGCUGUUCUCGGAAUGAGGAAAUGCAUUAGUGCUCCAGAUUCGAAGACAUUUGCCAAGAAGAUUGCGAAGUACAUCGACUCCAAAGAUCAGAAGCGCAGCAACAAGAAAAAUAAGGAGAAAGAUAAGAAUCUUCCAUUUUUAUCCCAGCAAGGCAGUGGCAAGACGAAAGAUGACAGCGACGGGCCAGCGUUCUGGCCGCUUAUCCGUCAGGUCAGUGUUUGUUGUGAUGCGGCAGCACUGUCAACCGGUGCUGUCCUGGUUGAUCUGCCUGGCAUUGCCGAUGCAAAUGCUGCAAGAAACAACAUUGCAAAGGACUACAUGAAGAAAUGCGGCUGCAUCUGGAUCCUAGCCCCAAUCACGCGUGCUGUUGAUGAUAAGACAGCCCGGGACCUCAUGGGAGAUGCAUUCAAAACACAGUUGAUGAAUGGAGUCUAUGGUGAUCAUGCAAUCACAUUCAUUGCUACAAAGUGUGAUGACAUUUCCUGCUCGGAAAUCAUCCAUGCCUUGCACCUUGAGGAUGAUCCGGACCUUGAGGCCAUAGAGAAUCGGAUCCAGGUAUGCAAGGAUGAAACAGAGGAAUGGAGAGACAAGAGGACUGUGGCAGAGAAUGACGCCAAAGGAGUUGAUCAGCAGUUGAAGCAAGCGCGCACUUACUUGGGAGAAUAUGAGGCUCACCUACAGGCAUUGGUGAACGGAGAGCCAUUUGAGCUGCCAUUGACAGCCAACCUAACGAAGGAAGGCGACUCAUCCGGUAGAGGGAAGAAACGUAAGAAUACUCACGGCGAGAAGCAUGAUGUUGAUGAUCUCGAGGAUGGCGAUGACCUUGCCUUCUCUGACUCCGAAUGCGAGAAGCGGUCUGACCCCGAAAGCAACGCCGAAUCCUUUUGUAGCUCGGACUCUGAGUCUGACUCGGAGAGUGAGGAGAAGGAUGAUGAUGAACCACAAGAAGAAGCUAUGGUUGAGGAUCUGCAAUCCAAGGUUGCCGAUGCCAAAGAGUCCAUCAAGGCCAGCAAGCAACAGCUUCUUGAGCUCCGCAAGCAGCGAAGGGAAGCCAUGGAUAUGCUGGCUAUGUUGAAGAAAAGGCAGCUGAAGGCUCAGCGAGAGAAGAAUGCCUUCUGCUCCUUGAAGCGCUCCGAAUUCUCGCGUGAUGUGCUGAAAGAAGAUUUCCGCCAGGGUUUGAAGGAUCUCGACGAUGCUGCUGCCGAACAACGUGAGCCGGACAGUUUCGACCCGACUGUGGACAUCCGCAACUAUCAAGCGAUCGAUCUGCCGGUCUUCACGUGUUCUUCAAGGGACUACGUGCGUCUCAAAGGCCAGGUGGAGGGUGACGGAGACCCGAGCUGCUUCUCUGAAGUAGCAGACACUGGUAUUCCAGAGCUGCAGAAGUGGUGCCACCAGCUCACACUAGGUCCUCGCGAGCAUGCCGCAUGUGAUUUCCUUGUGAACCUGAAGACAAUUGCGACCUCUGUGCGCACAUACAUGCAGGGCAUCGGUGACGUGACCGUGAGUGAGCGCGAGGCCCUGCGGAAGAAGUGGGAAACUGGUGUUGGCGUUCAUUUGGAGAAGGACUUCAAGGCUGUCAUUGACGACUGCGUGCGGGAGCUCAAGGAUCGCUUCCGAGAUGAGCUAGACGAGAAAUGCCUAGUUGGAGCUGCAAUUGCUGCUUCCACUGCUGUCGAGACCUCUGACACUUUUGCGGCUUCAAUGCAUUGGGCAACGUAUCGUGCUGCUUUGCGUCGCCAUGGAUCGUAUCGGCAGGACCUCAACGUCGAGCUGACCAAUCCAUUCACACGCAACAUCGCAAGCGCAUGGUCCAAGGUCUUCGAGGCGGACCUCUUCGCCUCCUUCGAGCAGGCCACAAUGGCGGCGAUCAACAAGCUGUUUGCGGACGUCGAGCAGUCUGCCCCUGCCGGGCUCAAGGAGCGCACGGGCAGCCGGAGCAAGCUGUGCCUGGACGAGGCACACGUCGCACUGGCGAAGACACUAGACGUCGUGCGCAAGGCGAUGAAGAGGCAGCAAAAGGGGAUGAGCCGGAGCCUCGCGCCGCACGUGCAGGACCAGCUGCUGGAAGGGUACAACCGUGCAAAAGAGGAGCGAGGCCCGGGGAGCGUGGCGCGGCAGAAGGCACUGUUCCAUGACUAUGUCGAGAACAUCAAGGACGAGGUGUUUGACCAUGGUGCGGAAGUACUCCUCGGUCAGCUAUCGACUGCUGCAGAUUCGGUUGGAAGAGCGUUGAAGAAGGAACUGGAGGCGGUCGCGAAGAAGAUUGAGGUCAGCAUCGCUGUGCUGUGGGAAGGCCCACGAGGUGAUCCAUCGCAGGUCAAGGCGCAGAAGGUGGUCGUCCCAACGAUGACCGAGAUUCUCAAGCAGGUGCAGCUUUGGCAGCAGGCGCAAGAGCUCAACCGAGACGAGUUGGCCUGAAUGGUCGUCUUGGCUAUGUGGCCAGUAUAAACUGACGCAGAUCGUUCCGUCGACGCCGUGCUUACUGUGUGUGUGCGAGGCACUUUGACGUCCUCGAGACCUUCUUUCUUGAUUAUGCUGCUUUCGUCGUGUUCAGACGCACACAUGAGGUUCAUCGUGUGCGUCGCGUUUCACGCUGUACUCUAUCUCAUUUUUGCUGAUGUCGAGACCUUCUUUCUUGAAUAUCGUUGCUGUCUUGCUUUCGUUCCCUUCCUGCUAUUUAGCGUGCUCCGCACCGUGUAGUCUUUCAGUUGUACUCUUCGAUUUCCCAUUAUCCCCCACUAUCCACAGAGACCCGACUGAUCUCUGCAUCAUAACAGGUGUGUGUCAGACCCAUGCACGAUAGCAGUGUUGUAUACAUGUAUGUGCUCUCGCAGUACGUCGACUACUCACGAGCGGAGGAGAGUCACUG